AUGGGUGCGAUUGUUGCAGAACAAUAUCGCGAACGCCUGCGGAUUGGUGACUUUGUUUUUAUCCUCCCUGCCUUUUGCUCAGGACAGCGAUUUUUCACUGUUAGCAUUGCUGUCACUUUGUUCAUGAUAGGUAUUGGUAUCGGUGGCAUCAAGGAAAACGUUAGCUCACUGAUUGCAGAGCAGUAUGCCGGCCCUAAUGAAGCCAUACGUGUACUCCAGCAUUGGGAGAAAUUUGUCGUCGAUAAAGACUUGACAAUCCAGAGGUUCGACGCUUCCUAUCUUACAAGUGCAUACCAGAACUGA